AUGGAACACAGCAAUGUUCCCCCCGGUCUCAAUCCCUCCUUUUUCCCCAUCCUUCCUCAAUUCAUUCUCACUCCUGUGGCCUUACCAGCUCACCCCAGGGCCCAUGGCAGCAGUGAAGGGCGAAGCAGGCAGCAACGUGCUGCUGGCAUCAAUCGAGAUCAUGCAGUGUUUGAGUUUUCUCCCUUUGUUUCCCCAACCCACAUCUGGCUCUCACCCCUGUGGCCUUAUCAGCUCACCCCAGGGCCUGUGGCAGCAGUGAAGGGCGAAGCGGGAAGCAACGUGCUGCUGGCAUCCAUAGAGAACAUGCAGUACCCCGUCACCAUGGAUGUGCUGCACACCGUCUUCUCAGCAUAUGGCGCGGUGCAGAAAAUUGCCAUCUUUGAGAAGAGUGCCGGAUUUCAGGCGCUCGUCCAGUUCCCAGACAUAGCAGCAGCCACAUCGGCCAAGGACGCGUUGGAAGGGCACUGCAUCUACGAGGGGGGCUACUGCAAGCUGCGCAUCUCCUUCUCCCGUCACACCGACCUCAAUGUCAGGGCAAGGCAUGUGGGCUGGUCGCACUGCAUCUACGAGGGGGGCUACUGCAAGCUGCGCAUCUCCUUCUCCCGUCACACCGACCUCAAUGUCAAGGCAAGGCAUGUGGGCUGGUCGCACUGCAUCUACGAGGGGGGCUACUGCAAGCUGCGCAUCUCUUUCUCCCGUCACACCGACCUCAAUGUCAAGGCAAGGCAUGUGGGCUGGUCGCACUGCAUCUACGAGGGGGGCUACUGCAAGCUGCGCAUCUCUUUCUCCCGUCACACCGACCUCAAUGUCAAGGCAAGGCAUGUGGGCUGGUCGCACUGCAUCUACGAGGGGGGCUACUGCAAGCUGCGCAUCUCCUUCUCUCGUCACACUGACCUCAAUGUCAAGGCCAACAAUGAUCGCAGCAGGGACUUCACUCGUCCAGACCUCCCCACAGUCGCGCCCAUCCCUGCUCCUUCUACCACUGCCACCACCACGGCUGGUAUCCUCUCUUCUGCCACCACCACCAAUGCCGCUGCCACCCCCUUCACCACAUCAUCCACACCCAUCCUCUCCUCCUCCCCAUACAACCCCCCUGCCCCUCUCGCCCCCUCUACCGCCCCUCCUGUCCUCCCCACUCCCGGUGCCCCUGCUCCCUACUACCCCGCGUCUUCCCCUGCCGCCCCUCCCUCCUCUGCGCCGCCCAUUCUCAGCCACCAAAGCCGCCCAGCAGCCUUUCCUGCCACCCCUCCUAGAGGGCCCCCUCCCCAUUUGCCCCUCCUCCUCACGCCCCCCCUUUCCACGGUCCCCCUCCCCCCCCACGCCGGCCCUCCCCACGGCCCCCCCUCCCCAUACUCCCCCUCCUUACAAUCGAGGUCCCCCUCCCGGCCCCCCCUCCCCACGGCACUCCCCCCAGAAAUUUCCCCCCCAGCCCUUACGGUCCCCCCGGCCCCCCCCCAAGGUUCCCCCCAAGGUCCCCCUUUCCGCGGCCCUCCCCCUCCCGGGCCGUACCCUCCCGGACCUCCUGGUGGGCCUCCUCCCGGACCUGGUGGUCCGGGGCCUGCCGGGCCUCCGUACGGUCCUCCUAGGCCCGGUGGUCCACCCCCAGCGCAGUUCUACCCUCCCCCUGGUGGGCCUUCCCCAUAUGGCCCUCCUCGUGGUCCCCCUCCCCCCAUGUCUGGGCGGGGUCCCCCUCCCCCUAUGAUGGGGGGCCCCCCUCCCCCAGGUGGACCUCCCCCUGGCCCUCCCCCCCUUGGGCGCCCCCCCCCGCAGCCAUUCCCCCCAGGUGCAGGUCCCCCUCCCCCUGGUAUGGGGGGAGGUCCCCCUCCCCCUGGAUUGCCCCCCCCUCCAUACAUGGGGGGAGGGGGACCUCCCCCUGGUCCCCCAGGCAUGCCUCCCCCUCCUGGCAUGGCAGGGGGGCCUCCCCCUCCUGGGUAUCCAGGGGGUCCGCCUCCCCCAGGCAUGCCGCCCCCGCCUGGAUAUGGCCCCCCUCCCCCUAGAUAUGGACCAGGAGGACCGCCGCCUCCUGGCUACAGAUAUUAG